UUCCAUUCCUUCUUCUCAUCUCCCCCGAGCCUUCCAUCUCGGGUCCCUUCUCUCUCUCUCUCUCUCUCUCUCUCUCAAUCCCUCCUAUAUUCUCUCUAUCGACGCCGCCAUCUCUACGGUUUUCGUUCGAUUGGAUCUGCGAAAAUGGCCAACGCGGCGUCUGGAAUGGCUGUGAACGAUGAUUGCAAGCUGAAAUUUUUAGAACUGAAAGCCAAGAGAACAUACCGUUUCAUAGUCUUCAAGAUUGAUGAGAAGCUGAAGCAAGUCAUCGUAGACAAGCUCGGAGAACCAACCUUGGGCUACGAAGACUUCACCGCCAGCCUUCCUGAAAACGAGUGCCGAUAUGCAAUUUAUGAUUUUGAUUUUGUUACUGCAGAGAAUUGCCAGAAAAGCAAGAUCUUUUUCAUUGCAUGGUCUCCUGAUGUUGCAAGAGUGAGAAGCAAGAUGCUUUAUGCUAGUUCAAAGGAUAGGUUCAAGAGAGAAUUGGAUGGUAUUCAAGUGGAGCUGCAAGCCACUGAUCCAACUGAGAUGGGUAUUGAUGUGAUCCGAGGCCGUGCCAACUAGUUCUUGUUUUCAUCGUCUGCUUUCAUGGAGGUUUGAUCUUUCUGCAAGAUUGUUAGCUUAAAGUGCAAUGUUUAUAGUCUCUUUGGUUGGUUCCAAGAUACUAUAAUAUGACUUAUCCUUUCAGGUUUAAAAAGAAAAAAAAAAAAGGAGAAAAAUUGAGUUCUGCUCUAAAUUUGGAUACUUGAUGUUGCUUUUGUUAUUCUUUGGUUAUCUAUGCAACAUGUCUACAAGGUGGUAGUUUGUAAGAAAGUGCUGUUUGUUGCUUGUGGUUUGUUUCUGAA